UGUUCCUGGUCGGUCAGUGUCAUGACGGGAUCCGGGCCCAACACGGUCAACCUGAGCCAGAUGACGACAUGGCAGCAGGUGUUGCUGUUCCUUCACAUUUUUGGCAGUUCGAUAUGCGUCCCCAUAUGGACCGUCGUGGCGCGGAAGCACGCCUUCGAACAGAGGUUCCAGAACAUUGUCCGCGCCGGGCGCACGCGUAGGGCAAACCAGUUGGAGGGGCCAGCAGUCCGCCGAGGCUUCGACAGUUCCUGUCGUUUCGGGAGGCCUCGAUUACAACCUCACCGCAAGGCGGUGUGGUUUCACAAGGGGGGCGUGUUCAGAAACGAGGAAGGCUGCUCCAGAUACCCACGCCAGUACCGAUGUAGCCGCCCCUGCCACCCACGCUGAGGCGCCGCGGGAG